GUAUUUCCGGUUUCCGGUUCAUCAACGUCUGUCGUCCUGUCCGUCACCAAAUGGUUCCCCUCACAACUAUAGGGAAGUCAGUGAAGCUUGUUUAGUUUGUGAAUCGAUGUUUCGUCGUCGUUUUGAUUAAUCGCUUGAGUUAUUAAACAUAAAUGGAUUCCAGGGUUGCUGAAAGUAAGACGUCUCGGCCGUUGAGACGAUCGACCAGACAGACUUCAGGUAACGUUAAAGCAUUGAGUUAUGAAGCGACCCCCAGAGGUCCUCUAAAGAGGACCAGAAAAGGUUUAAAAACUCAAGCUCCUGUUGCAGCUGUCAAUGGUUCCAGAGAUUCGGAGACUCACUCAGAGGAUGAAGCGUCCCCCAGCAAGAAGAAGCAGCCGGACACUGGAGAAGCAGUGGGAGGCAGCGGUGAUGAGAAUAAGAUGGAUGUCCAGGAAUCAGUUGAAGAUCCUGAGAACAAUGAAGACCAGGAAAUGGAUCUUAUACAGGAUCCCUCUCAUGACACUGAGCUACCAAAAACAUGCAAAGGCGCCCAUGGAGAUAUAAAUUUAUCCCCUCGUGUUGUGCUCGGUGAACGCUACAGAUCCAGUCAUGCUGUAAAUGAAGAUGCAGACAGGAUAAAAACCAAGCGAGUAACACAAUCAACAAAAGGAUCUGUAGUACCCACCAAGUCUGCCACACAAAUCAGACCAACGGCCAACAGCAAUGAUUUGCCGAUUCCCAAGGUCACCAUGGCCGACUACAAGAAGACGAUGGAGGCCAAAGCCAUGAGCCCUGGUUUGCCGACAGUUAACCACCAUAUCCCAAGUGUGUAUCCAGCCUUGGAGAAAUCCUACAGAACACGACAACGAGUGAAUAACAUCCCGCCACAGAAAGAAACUAUUCAGCACAAAAAACAAAGGAUAAAGAAAGCAGUUGUUAUCAAGAGAAGCUCUGGAUAUUCCUGUAGAGGAUUCAUGUGGUGUUUAUGGCGUUUGGUUCUCUUGGUGCUGCUCGGUUCGGCCCUCUUGCUGGCAUGCAAGAUCAUCCCUGUACUCAAAAAGACUGCAGAUAGUGGAUCGCAUCCAUCCAGGGCUGUAACGCCAGAAAUAUUUGCAGACCAGUUGUCUCUUCUUGAGACUCAGUUUCCUAGUCAGCGGCCUGACUUGUGGAAGAGGAGCAAGAUCCACCUGGAGAAGCAUCUGAAAACAGCCCAUCCUACAGAGCCAGUCAGUCUGAUCUUUACUGCAGGCCGCAGGGCUGAGAAGACGCUGCACUGCCUGGCUCAGAGCCUGGCCUCUUCCUUCUCUUCUGCCCUCAACGCCUCCGUCCUCCACAUCGACGGAGCCAGUAAAGCCAGCCAGGACAGCGAUGAGGUGAAGCUGGACAUUGACAACCAGUUGCGAGCCGCCUUCGGAGGAGACAAACCCGUGGCGGUCAUUCACCGCUUCGAAGAACUGCCUCCAGGCUCCACCCUAAUUUUUUAUCGCUACUGCGACCACGAGAGCGCCGCGUACAAGCGGGUGUUCCUGUUGUUUACUGUGCUACUUCCUCAAGACGAGGUCAAGAGCGAGCUGAGUCUCAAGGGAGUGGAGGAGAUGGUGCACGACUAUGUCAAGGAACGGCUGGUGGACUCCAGCAACCACACUGGCUUCAGUGAGAUGGAUAUUGACAAGUACGGUGGACUGUGGAGCCGCAUCUCCCACCUGGUCUUACCUGUGGUGUCUGAGCAGAAAGUAGAGCAGAAAGGAUGCUGAUGAGCCGUCAGAGAGGAAGUCAGAGUACCACUUUGAACCAGCCUGAUCCGUGCAGGAGCUAUGAACCAGAGAAGAAACAUGUCAAUAUAACGUGUGUGCUGUUACAUUUCACAUAUAGACUUGAAUUAAAAUGUUUGAAGGUUGUAUUGAUCGCUCUCUCUCUGUCGGAGAUGAGAUUGUACUCACGCAGCAGUACAAUGCCCAUCAGUGGCACGAUCAUUCCACCUCCAAAGUAGGGUAUGAAAUGCAUAUUCUCAUGCAGAUUUUGUAUACAAUAUAUAGUUUGACUGAUUUGUUUUCUCCUUGUUCUAUAUCAUAAAUCUGCACUUUGUUCAACAGCUUUUUAACCCAUUUAAGGAGAGUUUUUGGUGAAUUGUCAGCAUGAUUUCUUCUUUGGAACUGACAAAAAAAAUUUAAUUUUCCGUUGACAUCUGUUGUUUUAGGUGUAAAUUCAUAUUUCUGGUUCUGUAUCAAAUCUCUCAGACAACUGUAUAUUUCUGUUUAAUAUCCCCAUUGAUAUGUGUGUCCCUUCAUUUAAUUAUCUUGUGUACACAAUUGGAUUUGCACUGAAAAUGUUUGCUUUAACUAUCCUUCUUAUCAAGAGUGCUGGCUUUUAUUAAGAUAACUAUUUUAUAUUCUUUCUUGUUUUCUGAAUAUGUAUAUUUGUGAUAUGUUGUGUCUUUCCUAGAUUGGAAUAUUUUUUGAUAGCUGUAUAUAUGUAUUGAAUAUAAAGAAAAAGCUUUGUUCUUUGCACCUGUUGUCAAGAAACGACUGAAAUGUAUUUAGAAUGUUUUCAACUCAGAAACAUACAGGUUCUCACUAAGUGAUUUGAAUUUGUAAAAAUUAAAUAUUCGUUAGCAAGUCACGAAAUGUGCCUUAAACACACUCAUUGGACUAUAUCUGAAACACUCAUCAGUUGUUUGAUACUGUAACUUGACAAAUUCAGAACCCAAACAAGGUUUCUCUGCUUUUUUUCUGAUUUGUGCACAUUUCAAAAUACAGAAACAUGUUCUUUACCAUGAUACCACUCAUUCCUCUUAUGUUGUAAUUCUGAGAUGAAUUUGUUUUUGCUCACAUGAAUAUGUGUAUAUAUUCAAUAAAGAUUAUUUUGAUAACUUGAA